AUUUGUCCGCUGGAAAUACCGAUGCUGAACCCGACCGGAAUAAAGCCCUCAGUUUUGGGGCGAUACCCUUCGUCUAUGUUCUCCCGCUCUUUCCUCUUCCUCUCUCAACGUCAAACAAAUCGAUUGAUCAAUUAACCCGGGCAAUAUGAGCUACGGCUCCCCUUCUAACUCCGCGUCCUCAUCGUCUUCCACCAAAAAAAGAGGCGGACCCCGAAACCCUAGCUCCAGCAACAGCAAGAAGAAUCACUUCAAGCAAUCUCCUUUCACCGAUUUCGGAAGUUACAUGACCGAAAAGAACCGGAAGCUCAGGCAGCAGUUCGCCGCCGCCGUCGUUUCCUCUUCCUCUCUUGCCAGUGAAGAUCCCGGCGGCGGAGGAAUGGAAAAGGGAAUCUUUCGCGGUGUCUCGAUCUUCAUUGACGGGUUCACAGUUCCGUCGAGUCAGGAGCUCAAGGAUUUCAUGCUGAAGCAUGGUGGCCGGUUCGAGAACUACUUCUCGAGGCGCCGGGUGACUCAUAUUAUUUGUAGCAACUUGCCCGAUAGUAAAAUGAAGAACUUUAGGGGUGUGUGCUUUUGUUUCAGGGCGUUUAGCCGAGGGCUCCCCGUUGUGAAACCAGCAUGGAUUUUGGAAUGUGUGGUAGCUAAUAAACUCUUGAGUUGGGUUCCUUACCAACUAAGCGAGCUUGUAAAUGAGUCUGGCAAGCAACGGAAACUUUCUUCUUUCUUUACUCCCAUAGACAUCUCAAGUUCCAUUGACGCUGAUAAUAUUAAAGAUCCCUGCACCAAAGUUGAUGAUGAAGACAUGGAUACAAGUAUGAAAUUAUUGCCUCUAGGGGAGAUCAGCCUUUCUAAUUGUAAUGGGGAAGAUGAUGCCGGAUCUCUAUGUUUUGGGCAUGAAAGAGUUUAUGAAGAGAUAAACGCAGAAGCCAGAUUUACUGACCUGGAAGAUGAGCAGACUGUUGUAGAAGCAUCAAGUGCUAGUCCCUGCAGGCCUUCAGAUAUGACUAGUGGUAGCUGCACGGAUAACACUGCAGAAUUUCUAGGUGCUUCCAAUCAUCAUCACUCAACACUCGGGGGUCCAAAGUUUGUUGAAAACUACUUCAAGAAUUCAAGACUGCAUUUCAUUGGGACCUGGAGAAAUCGGUAUCGCAAACGAUUUCUUGAUAAGCUGAAAGGGGUUAAGCACAAAAAUGCUAAUGUGAAUUCCAUCUUUCUGGGGAAGAGAGCUUCAGUUAUUCACAUAGACAUGGACAGUUUUUUUGUGUCUGUUGUCAUAAGGAACUAUCCUGAGCUUGUCAAUAAGCCUGUAGCAGUGUGCCACUCAGACAGUCCCAAAGGAACUGCAGAAAUAUCUUCUGCAAACUAUCCUGCACGAGAAUAUGGAGUAAAAGCUGGAAUGUUUGUUAGAGAUGCCAAAGCUCGCUGCCCUAACCUCGUUAUCGUGCCUUACGACUUUGAAGCAUAUGAAGAGGUUGCUGAUCAGUUCUAUAGCAUAUUGCAUAAACAUUGUGACAAAAUCCAGGCAGUAAGCUGUGAUGAAGCAUUUCUGGAUGUCACUGAAGCCACUAAUAAUGAACCUGAAGACUUAGUACAAAUGAUAAGGAAGGAGAUUGCUGAGACCACAAGGUGCACUGCAAGUGCAGGGAUUGCAGAGAACAUGCUCCUUGCCCGUUUGGCUACUAGAUCAGCGAAACCAAAUGGUCAAUGUUUUAUCUCAUCUGAGAAAGUUGAUGGCUAUCUGAAAGAUCUUCCGGUCAAAGCACUUCCAGGCAUUGGACACUCACUAGGAGAAAAGAUGAAAAGCAGGCAAAUUCAUACGUGUGGUCAGCUUCGCUUGAUUUCAAAGGAAACUCUUCACAAGGAGUUCGGCACAAAGACCGGUGACAUGCUGUGGAAUUACUGUAGAGGGGUAGAUAAUCGUGCAGUUGAAGCUGUUCAGGAAACAAAAUCUGUUGGUGCUGAAGUAAAUUGGGGCGUGAGAUUCAAUGACAUUGCUGAUUGUGAACAUUUCCUCCUAGACCUCUGUAAGGAGAUAUCAUUUCGGUUGCAAGAGUGUGGAGUGGAAGGACAUACUGUUACCUUAAAGGUAAAAAAAAGAAAACAAGGAGCUGAGGAGCCUGCAAAGUUUAUGGGCUGUGGGGAUUGUGAAAGUAUGAGCCGGUCAAUGACGCUUCCCUUCGCGACAGAUGAUGUGGUUUUGCUUGAAAGGAUAGCAAAACAAAUGUUUGUUUCUUUGCAUAUUGAUGUCAAGGAAGUUCGUGGUGUUGGCUUACAAAUAUCAAGACUUGAGACUGUAGACUUAAAUAAGAGAGGUCGUGAAAAAGAUGUGCUAGAAUCAUGGCUUUCUUCAGGAAAGACCAAAGGAGAAACAAGCUCUCCACUCAACCCGGGUGACCAUAGAGAUGCAUUGUUUUCUGAGAAAAAACCUGAUUGUGGAAUUCAACAAGAUGAUACAAGUUUCCAGCCAUGUUGUGUCAAUCAGAAUCCUUCAUCUGGCCCAUCACGUCUUAAGCUAUCCAGUGGUGGAUCACAUGAUAGCAGGACAUUGACAUUGCCAGCAUUGUGCCACCUUGACAUAGAGGUUGUUAAGAAUCUACCUCCUGAAAUAUUUUCGGAGAUGAAUGAUAUGUACCACGGAAAAUUGUAUGACUUCAUGAAGAAAUACAUUGAUGAUGAUGGAAAAGCAAAUGCAAAGUCCACUAAAAUCCCAUUGGAAGAGAAUACGACGUAUAUGUCAUUUACAUGCCAGAAAAUAGAUUCUGAUGCUGAUGGAAAUUUGGCUGGUGGACAAGCUCCUUGUCUAGAACCUUAUACAGACACCAAAAAUAAAGGAAAAAGACCUGUUUGUUCUCCUGAGCUGCCUGUAUGCAAUUUUCCUUUUCAGAGUGAGAGGGUGCAAAGUUCUGUUGCGAAUGCUCUUGAUUCUUUUGGUAAACAUCCAGUUAAUGACGGGUCUCAAAUUGUUGAUACAUCUAAAAUAAAUCUGUGGUUGGGAAAUCCUCCAAAAUGGGUUGAGAUGUUCAAAGAUAGCAAUUGCUUCUUGUUGAAUAUUGUUGCCGAUAUGUAUGCUAAAUCUGGAAGAAGUUGCAAAUUGUCUUCCAUUUUUCAGUCACUGUUUUCUCAAUAUCCAUCAGACCUUGAUUUAACUGUUGGAGGAUGGGAUGAAGCUCUCUCUAGCUUGUAUGAUCUUAUAACGCAGUACAUUGAUCUAAAUAUUGAAUCUGACAUUGAGGAGCUCUACAUUUGCUUUCGCCUUUUGAAGAGAUUUACUUCAACGUCAAAGUUUUUGUUUGAAGUAUACAACAUUGUUCUUCCUUCACUUCAGGUUUCUGUCAAUGAGCAGUAUGGAGGACAUCUUCAGCUUUCAUUCAAUGAAUAGUAUAAAAUGCUUGUGCAUCAGAUUUGUGUAUAGUUCACUAUACAUGUAAAUUGUGGAAUAACACUGGGAGCGAAUGGAGCCUUCUGAAAGCCUCCAGUUCCUGUUGAACUUCUGCAGAUGUCAGUCGGUUGCUUAUUUCAUCAGGGGAAAACAUCUUACAGAGGGCCCUCUGUAGAAUAUUGUAUGGGAAGGAGAGGGUGAUAACAGGCAUAUCAAUGACAAUCAGUGCAGUCAUAUAACUGUAUUUAUAGACCUCAACGAUAUUUGUAUUAUGAUUGACGAUAUGUCAUGCAUCACCCUCUACUAUCUAUAUGAUACUCUAUAGAGGGCUCUUUAUAGUAUUCCCUCUCCUUCCUCUCUAUGGCAAUGAUCUAACCAAUGUGUGUGGAGACGCAUAUCGAUGCUGAUCUCUAACAGGUGACAGCUUCAUUUCUAUGGAUAAUUUGCCGGGACAACCCUUUUGUAUGUAUGGGCUUUUCACUUCCAUUAAAAGAUGAAAAAACAGCAGGAGUGUGACAAAGAAAUAAAUAUCGAUGUACUUUAUUGUACGAGAGAAGUUGCAGAAAGUUUUUUACAUAUGGCUUCUCUUGGGUAUGACCAGGAGACCAAAUUGCAUCCCAUUGUAUAUUCAUGUUAAUUGGCUUGUGACCUUGAUCAAAUACUUUAAUCGUCAAAAGGAGUGACUUUUAAA